UCUUUGAACAACAUGGGCAAAUCAGUAAAAUAACUUUGUUUGUGCAACGCCUUCCUCUUUCACCGACUGUCGUCUCACACUCUCUUCUUCCCUCCCACCACCUUACACCCAAAAAAUAAACUCUAUUUUCUUCAAAUUCGCUUCUCUCAAACACAAAAGUCAAUUCCCACAUUCCCAAUUCCCUGUAAAUUCCGUUUCCUCAGAGCUUCUUUCUGUCUGAGCUGUCAUUUCCCUUUAUAUUAUUCAAAACACCCUCCCAAAAUUGUUUAAUAAAAUAAAAUCAACCAAAGUUCCAAACUUUCCCAAAUUUGUUUGUAAAUUCAAUCUGUUUUCGUCUUCUUUUUUUAUUUGGGCUGAAUGUAAUUGGGGUUUGGUCAAUUGGGAAUGGAGAACAGUGGAGAAGCAGUAGAUGAUGAGGGCUCUGGAUGGUUCGAAGUGAAAAAGAAAAAUAGAAGUAGCUCAAAGUUCUCUCUACAGAGUUGGGUUGGGGGAUUUUCCGGAAAAAAUGCUUCUAACCAUUCUAGUAGUCAGACCUCAUCAAGUGAAAACAGUGGAAAUUCUUGUGGCAAGCGCAGAUCCCAGCUUCCAAAGGUACGAGGAAAUUAUGCGGUACAUAGCCGGGGAAUUGAUUCUAUUCCUGUCCCAAAUGAAAACAAAAUGGGUGCACCCUAUAUUAAUACUGGUGUUAUUAGGCAAGACACUACAUGUCCUAAGUCACCUCCUUUUAUUAAAAAUUCUGAUGGUGGAACUAGAGAUGUUGAGAAAAUCCGUGCGAAAGAUAACUCUGAAGUGGUUCAUAAAAUCAAGUGGGGUGAUCUCGAGGAUGAGGGUUUGGCACUUCCUCAUGCUAACCUUGUUGGCACCAGAAUCAGGUUUGGUGCUAUUGGAGAUGAUAAUCUGGUGGCCUCUAGUGAGCAUGGAAUUGGUCAUAAUUUUGCUUCUCGUGCAAAUUCACAAGAAAACACAUUGGUGGCAGAAUCUGUGGAUGCAUAUACAGUUUCUCAUCAGAUGUUUUCAGUGACUGCUAAGGACCAAUUAUGUGAAGAUAACUGUAAGGAGGUGAAUACAAUAUCUUCUGAAAAUGCUGAAGAGCCAAUAUUGAAUGGGAAAAAGGUUGAUCUGGAUAACAAUGUUUCGCAUUGCGAGGAUAUACAUACUGAGCACAUCGAAGCAGUAGUUGAUGAUCAUUUAAGCACCCGUACUUUAGCUGGUGAAGAGGCUGGGGUAGUGGGGAAACUUCAGGCACCCGUUAUUCUAUCUGAGGUAGGUGACCCUGAAAUUGCUGAAGUAUCAGGGAAAAUUGGGGGUUCAAGUGAAGUUCAUAUUGCCGAAGAUAAAGGAUUAGUUCCACCAGAGAGUGCUCCUGAAAUUUUGGGAGUGUCUACCUUCACAGCCUCUGUUGAGGAUCAUGGGGAUCAACAAUGUGGUAUAAUACAUGAUAUGUCAAACUCACAAAAUAUGAGUGCCCUUGGAGACGACACAGGGGAAAGCAAAGAAAGGUUUAGGCAGCGGCUUUGGUGCUUUCUUUUUGAGAAUCUUAAUAGGGAUGUGGACGAACUUUAUCUUCUUUGUGAACUAGAAUGCGAUUUAGAGCAGAUGAAAGAGGCCAUUCUUGUUCUUGAAGAGGCUGCCUCUGAUUUUAGAGAUCUAAGCACCAGAGUGGAAGACUUUGAGAAAAUAAAAAGGUCAUCUUCUCAGUUGAUUGAUGGGGUGCCGGUUACGUUGAAGAGUGAUCACCGUAGGCCACAUGCUCUCUCAUGGGAGGUAAGCUAUAUGAAAUCUUUUAUGUUAAGUUACUAUAGUAGGUUCUACUUCCUAUUGGCCAUUCAAUUUAGUGAAGCAUGGCAUCUAGACUUGCAAAAGGUUAGAAGAAUGACAACUUCAGCACACAAAGCAGAGAUACUAUCGUCAUCUCUCGAGGCUUUCAAGAAAAUUCAACAAGAAAGAGCUAGCUUGUGUGCGGCUAAUGAUGCUAAACUUCUGGGGCCUCAGUACCUAAACCUCCGAUCUGGUGAUAAGCUGAAUAAGUCAUCUGCAAUAAAUGAUGAGAAAGGCAAUGCUAAAGAUUCGAUAAAGAAGUCAAGAAAACAGAGUGGAGGUUCAGAUCUCGCUGACGCUGACCUGAAUGGAGGAAAAUGGAGUACUGAGUCAUCGAGCAAACCAAACUUAGUACAAACUGAACGUGCCCCUCAGAAUUCAUCUACUUCUGUUGUUAAUGCAUUUAGGCUACCUCCUAGGGACAAUUCUGCUGCUGGAAAGACUAAGAGUAAGCAGUCUGGAUCCGAAGCAGAGAGGCUGCUCCCUAAGAAAGAAAAAUUGAUUAUAGACGGUGUUGUUGAAAAAUUCCCCAGAUUGACGGAUCAGUCCAAAAAGCAAAUUCCUCUAGUCGAGAAAGAUAAAGGAAAGAGGAAUUCAGCUCCAUGGAAAUCCAUGGAUGCUUGGAAAGAGAAGAGGAACUGGGAGGAUGUACUCUCAUCUCCUUUCCGUGUCUCUUCUCGUGUUUCACGUUCACCUGGCAUGAGGAGGAAAAGUGCUGACCGUGCACGUAUGUUGCAUGAUAAACUAAUGUCUCCUGAAAAGAAUUGGAUCUGA